CAGUUUACCUGGACUUUGUUAAGUUUCCCAAACCCCCUUUUCCUUCUUUUCAGACCAUGAGCAGAAGGAACUGUGAGCAAGCAGGCUGCUCCUCGCUAUGCAGGCCGUGGUUUUCCAGCUGUGGCUGAAUGACAUCUCUUCAUCAGUAUAGUCUGGCACACAAGGAAGGGAGGCCGGCCGGCCUUCCUUGCCAUCAGCUCCCGCUCCCCCAGCUGGCCCCACUUUCCCCAUCAAUUAGCAAUCAUCAGCUCCCCAGCACGUACCAGAACUUCAGGAGCAGCCCCGCCGUCGGCCGCGGCUGGGACACUGCGGCCAAGCAGCCCAGCUGGAAGCAGAGCAAGAGCGGCAGCAUCAGCCCCUUUCUCGGGGGGCCCUUCACGCCGCUGCCCUCCGACUACCUGGACAGCUACCGGCGGGCGCAGCUCCAGGCGCUGCUGUCGCAGGUGGGCCCCGCGCUGGGGCCGCGGCCGCGCCGGGCCAGCACGAAGGAGGCGGCGGUGCAGGUGAGCCUGCGGGCCGACGCGGCCGUGCAGUGCUCGCUGGGACCCCGCACGCUGCCGCCCGCCGGAGCCCUCAGCCCUGCCGCCCUGCGCGCCCCGGGGCGCCUCGCCCUCUACUCACCCGCGCCCGACCGCCGCCUCUUUGUGCUGCCCGACGCCGCGCCGCCCCCGGAGAAGGCAGCGCCCACCGAGGAGACACCCAGGGCGGACGGCGGCGAGGAGCAGCAGGAGAGCCCGGAGGGGGCCGCGCUGCCGCCGCGGCAGGAGCCGGUGGGGACGCGGCGAGAGGAGACGGCGGCUCCCAGGCAGAGAGCUGCCUUCCAGUUCUUGGAGCAGAAGUAUGGCUAUUUCCACUGCAAAGACUGCAAGACCAGAUGGGAGAGUGCUUAUGUGUGGUGCAUUUCUGGAAGCAACAAGGUGUACUUCAAGCAGCUCUGUCGCAAAUGCCAGAAGAGCUUCAAUCCCUAUCGAGUGGAAGCAAUCCAGUGCCAGAUCUGUUCCAAGACUCGUUGCUCUUGCCCUCAGAGGAAGAGACAUAUUGAUCUCAAGAGACCUCAUCGCCAAGAACUCUGUGGCCGCUGUAGAGGCAAAAGGCUGUCCUGUGAUAGCACUUACAGUUUCAAAUACAUUGUCUGAUCCAUGUGCCAUCUUCUGUUUUGUUCUUUGCACUUUGUCUGUUGCAAUGUUUUGACUUAAGGCUUUUGACCUGGCAUUGGAUAAUGGAUGAAGACUUCGGCAUUAUUGUAAAGUAUAGUAAUUUAAAGUAUGUAAUUUCACUGUAUGCAUCCUGUAAAUAAAGUUCCAUAAAAGUUUGCACUAGUUUGAUACCCCUUAGUUUCAUCUUUCUUAGAUGAAAGAGGAAAGUAUAGCUGUAAGGAAGCAACCUAUUUGAUUUCCUAAAGAUAGUAAACUUUGUUUUGAUGUCUUCAGGACACACUACAAUAAAAAAGUUUUCAGCUUAAGUAA